AGAGAGAGAAAGAGAAGAUUGAAGAAAGAGGGAAAAAAAAAAUGUCAUCUUGGUUCUCUCUUCCUCUUCCCAAUCCUUUCAAAUCCGACGACGACGACGAUGCCGGCGGCGAAAAACCCUCGUCGUCGGAGGGUGAGAAAAUGUCCGAUCCUAAUUCCUCCAGCAUAAAGGAAGAUUUUUCAGCAAUUUCCCAAACUUUCUCCCACCACCUCCGCGGCGUCGCUUCUUUUCUCGCUCCGCCAUCACCAACUCAGUCGUCGGAGCAAGUUCCGUCUUCUGAAAAAUUCAGCGGAAUUAAAAACGACUUAGUUGAAAUUGGAGAUAGCUUUAAAUCAGGACUCUCUUUGUUCUCUUCGAACAAAGCUGUUUCAGAGAUUUCAAAGUUAGCUUCUAAUUUUUUACAGUUUAGUGAUGAGUCGGCGAAUGAUCGUGAAACUGAAGAUGAAGAUCGCGACGACGACGACGAUGAUGAUGAUUACGAAGAGGAAAUUGUGGGCAUUACGGAUGAAGUAGUGGAGUUUGUUAGCACAAUCUCACAGCGGCCUCAGUUGUGGACCGAUUUUCCACUAUCUUUACCCACUGAUUUUACCAUGUCUGAUAGUCAGAAAGAACAUGUGGCGUCUAUUGAGCAGUUUGUGCCUGGUCUUGAUUCCAUGAGGCAGAAGGUUUGCCAUGAAUUAUCUGAUGGGCAAUAUUGGAUGAUCUAUUUUGUUUUAUUGCUUCCAAGGUUGAAUGGGAAUGACCUGGAGCUGUUGUCAACUCCCGAGAUUGUUGAAGUAAGGGAGACGCUUCUGCAGCAGUUGCAAAGUAAGAAAAACCCACAGCCGGAGGCAUCUAAGGAGUCGGAGACUGUUGAUGCGUCUGAGAAGGAUGUCAAGGUCAGUGGACAGCAGCAAGGUUCUGAAAGUAAAUUGGAGGAGAAAAAUAUUUCAGCGGACACUGCAAAUGCUUCUCAAGAUAAAGACAGUUUGCACGGUGAGAAACCUCAGCAGCAGUUAGAAGAUGAAAAGACCAAGACUACAACUUCAUUUGCUGACAAGGAUGAAGAUGGCGUUUCUUUCAGUGAGAAACCUCAGCAGCAGUUAGAAGAUGAAAAGACCAAGACUACAACUUCAUUUGCUGACAAGGAUGAGGACGACGUUUCUUUCAGUGAUCUUGAGGAUGAUGAUACCGAUCUAUCAGAUAGACUGCAAGGAAGCAAGCCUACACAUAGAAAGAAAGUUUCCUCAUCUAGCGAAUCCCAUGAGUGGAUUCAACUAAAUGAGAAUUCUAAAGCUCAGGGUAGUCAGCAGAAGGCUGGCCAAUCAAUUCACCGGGAUAAAGAUUCCGAAGGCGAGGAAUCGAAUGACUGGCUCACUGUUGAUGACAUUGAUUCAGACAGUUUGGCCACCAAUUGAUUCGUCUGAAAUCUGUAAAUGUUUCUUUUUUAGUUCUCUUUUAUAAGUUCA